AUGCAGGCCAUCCAGACGGUGGAGACGCAGCUGCCCGUUCUGCGGGAGAGCUUCUUCCGGACGCCGUUCUCGCUGGGCAGGAAGGGCAGUGAGGCCAGCCUGGGGCAGCUGCAGCGCCCGCGGCGGCCAGCAGAGGGAGCCCGGCCCCUGGGGCGCUCUGCCAGCAGCCCUCUCCACGGAGCCGGCGAGCGGGGGCCGGCCCCUCCCGCGUCAGCGCCGGCUCUCAGCCAGUGGGGCUCAGAGAGCGGAGCGGCUCACAGAGGCAGGUCCCGCAGCCUGCAGGAGCGCGAGGGAGCGCGGCUGCUGAGAGCCAUGGGGAACCAGGACGGCAAGCAGAGGAGGCCCGCCGACCGGGCGGGGGGGGUCCAGGAGGGAACGCGCUCCAAAAAAGCCCACGGCAAGCCGGGCUGCCCCGGGCAGGGCUCCGGCAGGAAAAAGCCCAAAUUGGACUGCAAGACCUCGGUGUUCUCGGGCCUGAGGAUCCGGAAGGGUCCGUCCAGGGGGAAGGAGGGGAAGGGGAGAGGCUCCUCCGGGGGAUCGAAGGAGGACGGGCUGGACUCCCAGGGCUCCCAGGGGAACGGUGGGGGGGACCUGCGGCCCCUCCCGGCUCAGGCUGCUGAGGCCAGCCUCUCCGGGGAUGAGCUGGGGCUGUCCGACACGGAGCCAGAGUGCUGCCUCCUCGGCGACCGGAGCCGCCAGUCCGCCGUCGAUACCAUCGACUCGCGAGAGACGGGCGGGGCCGGCUCGGCCUCGGACGCUGACAUCACCAGCUUUCACUCGGCUGUGGAGCCGGAGAAUCUGCUCUCUGGUGUCCGGCCGGCUCUGACACGGCCCCGGGGGGUCGCUAAGGCAACCGCGGCACCCACAUGCCAGGCGACGAGCGGCCGGCCCCCUGCUGAUCUUAAAUCCGGCCCUCCGGAUCCUGAACCAAUCGCGGACCUCCGAGUCAUCUCAGAACAGGAAACGGGCCCGGCCGCUGUGCUUGGUGUACAGUCAGGCACCCGAGAACGGGAGAGCCAAUCAGAUAACACUUUAAAUGGCCUGAAUGAGGACCCAGCCCACAACAGAAGCUCUGAGACACUCCCACCUCCACACCACAGCCCUCAGCUCAGCACAGGUCAGACCAAUGAGAGAGCGGGAGACUCGGUCUCCGGGGCAACUACCAUGUACAGCUUCCCUGACUCCACGGCCUCGUUUGAAACCGCGGAGGAUGGGGAACAGGAAGUGAGCACAGACGACAGGCUGCAGAGCCUGGGCGGCCGAGGCGGGGGUACAGGAGGGCCCGAGGGGGUUCGGCUGAGGGCCCCCAAGCUCCCAGAGUGCAUCAGUAUUACAGGGCUGAGCUCAGAAAGUAGACAAGAGCGCACCCUGGUGGAGAAGCGGAAAAGCUGCAUCUCCUUCUCCCAGUGGGCGGGCGAAACCGAAUCUCCCCUCAUCCCCCACCGGCGCAAGUCUGUGGCGUCUAUCCUUCCCGCGAAGUUCUACCCCACCAUCCACCCCUCCUACAUCAAAACCACCACCCGCCAACUGUCCUCCCCCUCCCCCCUCCCCUCCCCGGGCCCCUCUGUGAGGAGACAGAGGUCCUGCAGCGUCGCCGGGCCCCUCAGCCCCUACCCUUAUUGGGCGGAGCAGCAGAAGGGCGGGACGGGCGGCGCCGAGGCCCGCCCGGGGCCCGGCUGCCCGGAGGAAGGGCUUCAGGGGGGCAGCCGCGUGCUCUCCGCCCGACGGAGGUGGUCCUCCUACACACCCUCCUCCGCCUCCUUUCAGGAUGUGUUCUCCGGGCGCUCCCUGCUGGAGAAGGUGCGGCAGGACGAGGGCGCGUGUCAGGAGGCUGAGAGGUUCUGCUCACGCAUUCUGGCCUCGGGACUCCUCCUUCCCUUCAGCGGCUGUGUCCGGGAGCAGGACGGGGACCCGGGGGUGCAGGAGGCCCCAAAAUUUAAUGGAGAUCAGCUGUACACCUGGGCUGUGGUGGGUCAGCCCCAGCCAGGACGCAGCCAGGCCCAGUGGCCCCUGACCCAACCAGGAGGGGGCCCCAGACCAGGCCUGAAGUACACAGAGGCAGAGCAUCAGGCAGUCAUCCUGGCAUUACACAAGCAGAGGAAGGAGGAGGAAGAGGAACAGCAGGAGGAAUCCGGCGAGCUGAAGGAGGAACACGUCAGUGUGAUUCAGGAACUGCAGCGGAACAUCCAGGGUUUACGGGCCAAAAUAGCGCGGCUGGAGAAACAGUGCCCUCUGCUGGAGACGGACGGUUUUACUGAGGAGCAGGCGCGGGGGAGCGGGCGGGCAGAGCUGAGGGCUGUCGGCCUACAGACCGAGAGCAGCCUGGAGGCCAAGUCAGUGCAGACAUCGCCUGUGGAAGAGAGCGUUUCAUUUAAAGUGCCUUUCCUGGAGAGGUCGUCGUCUCCUAAGGAAACGCCAGGGUUCACCUGUACCUGUCGGCUGCAGAGAGGAACUCAAGCCCCACCCACUCCUCCUCCCCUACCUGAUGUACCUGCUGCCCCACCCCCUACCCCUCCCCCUCCCCCUCCCUUACCUGGACUGCCAGUGCCGCCCCCUCCUCCCCCGUUGCCAGGCAGCGUCAUGCAGGUGCCACCCCCACCCCCUCCCCCACUACCAGGACAAGCUGCGGGCCCCCCUCCUCCUCCCCCUCUCCCUGGCCUAGGUCCCCCACCCCCACCUCCUCUCCCUGGGAUGGCACCUCCUCCACCCCCGCCUCCUCUCCCUGGGAUGGCACCUCCUCCACCCCCGCCUCUCCCUGGCCUAGGUCCCCCACCCCCACCUCCUCUCCCCGGGAUGGCACCUCCUCCACCCCCACCUCUCCCUGGCCUAGGUCCCCCACCCCCACCUCCUCUCCCCGGGAUGGCACCUCCUCCACCACCUCCCCCUCCCCUGGGUCCCGGUGCCCCACCGCCUCUCCCCGGAAUGGGCCCUCCCCCUCCCCCCCUGCCGGCGGGGAUGUUUGGCCUGGCCCCGCCACAGGACAAGGGGCCACGGAAAGUAGCCAUCGAGCCCCCUCGGCCCAUGAAGCCCCUGUACUGGACACGGAUACAGCUGCAUUCCAAAAAUGAAAAGGGUGGUCCUUUGGUGUGGGAGAGUGUCGAGGAGCCGUCCGUAGAUUUUCAGGAGUUUGUUGACCUCUUCUCCAAAAGCACAAUAAAAGAGAAGAAGAAGCCUCUAUCGGACACCAUCACAAAGUCAAAGGCCCAACAGGUUGUGAAGCUGUUGAGUAACAAGCGCUCCCAGGCAGUGGGCAUUCUGAUGUCCAGCCUCCAUUUGGACAUGAAGGACAUCCAGCAUGCUGUUCUGAGCUUGGACAACUCUGUGGUUGACCUGGAAACCUUACAAGCCCUCUAUGAAAAUAAAGCCCAGCCAGACGAACUGGAUAAAAUUGAAAAGCACAUCAGGUCAUCCAAAGAAAAUGAGAAGGCAAAGACUCUGGACAAACCUGAACAGUUCCUCUUCCAGUUGUCUCAAAUCCCUCAGUUCUCAGGAAGGGUGUUUUGCAUCCUGUUUCAAUCAACCUUUGUGGAGUGCAUUUCCUCUGUUGUCCGGAAGCUGGAGAUCCUUCACAAAGUGUGCACUGCUUUGCGGGAUAGUGCAGAGGUGAGGUGCGUACUGGGCCUUGUUUUGGCGUUUGGGAACUUCAUGAACGGAGGGAACAGAAGCAGGGGUCAGGCAGAUGGCUUUGCGAUGGACAUCCUGGCCAAGCUGAAGGACGUGAAGAGCAGUGAUAACACACAAAGUCUGUUGUCUUAUAUUGUGUCUUACUAUCUGAAGCACUUUGAUGAGGAUGCCGGUAAGGAGACAUGCCUCUUCCCUCUCCCUGAGCCUCAAGACCUCUUCCAUUCUUCCCAGAUGAAGUUUGAAGACUUCCAGAAGGAUCUACGGAAGCUUCGGAAAGAUCUCAAUGCGUGCAUCGCAGAGACAGAGGCUGUGUGCAGGGACUCCUCUGAGGACCAGCUGCAGCCCUUCAAAGCCCAAACGGAGGGCUUCCUGUGCCGAGCAAAGACGGAACUGGAGGCGCAGGAGAAGCAGUUGACGAAGACUCAUAAUGCGUUCUUGGACUUAACAGUGUUCUACUCUGUGAAAGCCAAGAUGGGGGAGAAGGAGGUCUCGCCCGGUUGUUUUUUCUCAGUAUGGCAUGAGUUCUCCACCCAUUUCAAAGACACCUGGAAAAAGGAGAAUAAAAUCAUUUUACAAGAGAGGCUGAAAUCUGCGGAGGAGUCUUUCAGACAGGCCAGAGAGAAGCCCUCCUACAGCGUCAAACCCAAACAGGCCUCUGGAAUGAAAGCCAAGCUGGGUCCGAAGAUAUGAACAACCGGAUGUUCACAUCAUAAGCCUUAAAGACGGAAUAUGAAGGAAGGAAAAACGUGUGGCAUCAAGAUAAUCAAGUGAAUUCUCAUUCUGCUUCUGAGACUGAAUUCAAAAACACAUUCUGCUGCUUCUUUUUUCAUUUUAAUACAAAUAUUCCUCAUGGCCUUCACAUGAUAACCCUGAGAACAUACGAAAUACAUUCAAUCUGUGUGUAGAUCAAACUUGACUGUUGACUGCCCCCCUCCCAAAAAAAACUGUCCCUCAUAUUGACAAGAAUGUAAAAUUGUAUACGUAUGCAUUUUUUCAUUGACACAGUGGAUGUAGGUCAGUAUAUGUAGCGGUGUCUAAACAUCAUUAAAUCCCACCUGUUACCCCUCA